AUGCUUAACUUGGUGCUGUUCAGAAAUGAGCUAUUGAGGACCUCUUAUUUUAUGAGAGGUUCGACAGUUCGGAUGUUCUCAUCUCGAAGUUUUCAGUUAUCCUCUGAAAGACAGGAGACUUUAUUUGAAAAAUCCCAUAAAUCGUCCCAAGAAACUGUUGAGGCUUCUGAGAAUCCAACCAUCAAGCCGAUAAAUGUAAAGGCUAUUGAGACACCUUCUCAUGUGAACCUCAUCAACGGUAAACACGUAAAAGAUUCCAAUUUGGCCCACCAUAUCAAGCAAGCUUUUAUGAAACUGGUAGGACAAACGUUCACCCCCGUUCAAGAGGCCACUAUUGACGAAUUUCUCACUGCUGAAAGAGGGCUUGUUGUUCGUGCCAAAACAGGUACUGGGAAAACCCUUGCUUUUGGUCUGCCCCUUUUGCACAAACUGAAACAUAGAAAACAUCCUAAUGUCCCACAUGUCGAAACUGUGAUUUUUGCCCCAACCAGAGAUCUUGCAAUUCAAACUUCAGAUGCGAUCCACAAUCUUAUGAGAAACUGCUCGUUACCUAUCAACAAUAAGAAUAUUGAAAAGAUUGUAGGUGGUCAAGAUAUGAGACAACAGAUCAAAAAAUGUACCCAAUUUCAGAAGCCUCCUAUCGUAGCUGCUACGCCAGGUAGGUUCCUUGAUUUGAUUACCAACUCGAAAAAUUUUCAAUCCGCUUUUACCAGGGUUGAAAACGUGAUUAUUGAUGAAGCUGACGAACUGUUAUCAAUGAGUUUCAAGGAGGAUUUGGAGAGAAUUAUGGACAAACUGAAGGAAUUGAAUACUUCAGACGUGGAUCCCAAGUUCAAAGUCUUAUUGUUCUCUGCUACUAUCGACAAAAAUGUCCUGUCCCUCGCUGAGAACAUUAUGGGAAAAGACUACAAAUUCAUUGAUACCAAUGUUGGAUCCGAAUCUGAAGUUAACCAAAGUGUGGAACAAACUUUAGUCGUGAGUGAUUCUAUUUUCCACAGUUAUGCUGCGUUGGUUGAUUACGUUUACCAGCACAAAGAUGAACCGAAGUUCAAGCCAAUGAUUUUCCUGCCAAACACAUACAGUGUUGAUUUUGUAUUCAACCUGUUGAACAAGAUCAUACCAAAGCCACCUAUGAAUGCCAGAGACAAACGAGAUUACGUUUGCCGCUUACAUGGAAAGCUUACACAAGGGCGUCGUAAUAUGGCCCAAUUGACGUUUAAAAUCCGCAAGCGUGCCAUUUUGGUUUGCUCCAAUGUUGCCUCGAGAGGUUUAGAUUUCCCAGAUGUCACACAUGUUUUACAAAUUGGAGUUAACCACGAUGUAUCCAACUAUACCCAUCGAGUUGGACGUACUGGUAGAGCCGGAAAGAUUGGCAAAUCCAUCCUUUUCACUACCGACUUUGAGCAGCCAUUCGUUGAAAAGCUAAAGGAGAAUGGAAAUAAGUUUCACGAAGUGAUAGAAUCUAAACCAAAUGAAGACAUUGAAAGAAAGAUUAGAAACACUGUUAAAAAUGAAGAUUUUGACCAGAUUGCAACUUCCAACUUGGGGAUCUACAACCAAUUGCCUGAAAAGUUUGGUAAGAUCAGCAAGAAGGACUACGUUAAGCAUUGUGCUUUGCUAUACAGAGAUAUGAAAUACGGGCCAGGCGGAGCAUUUGAAGACGUUGAAGAGUCUGCCCAGGAGAAACCAUUCCUCUCCUCAAGAGCAGCUUCUGGACUAGGAAUCAACACUGACUACUCUAGAAGAUACUAUGACAUCCCUGGAUCCGCCACCAGCAGGGGAUCUUCAGGAUAUAGAAACAAGAGUGGAGCUGGUAACAGAGGAGGUUACCGCAACAAUGACAGAGGAGGAUACCGUAAGAACGAUAGAGGUGGGUUUGGAGGAGAGAAUAAGGGAGGUUUCAGCAGAGACAGAGGUAAUUACAAGAGUAGUGGUAAGAAUAGCCGUACUUGGGAAGAAAGAGGAGGAAGUUCCAACAAGAACAGUAAUAACUUUAGAAACGACAGAUACAGCAAGUAUUAG